UCUACCUCACCCGACGCUGAGGAGCAACCACGGUCCACAAAGUCACGCGAAGAAGAGCAUCUGCGCGUCGCUUCCGCUUCUGCCUAAAAAUGGCGUCCACCGCGACGGGAGACGGCGUGAGUGAAGCACGAGCACGGAAGAAAUGGAAAAAGACCGAAAACCAAGCGGAUGAAUCUGAACUCCUGACUGUUCCCGAUGGAUGGAAAGAGCCGGCAUUCACCAAGAGCGACAACCUCCGUGGGCUCCUGGAGGAGAGCAGCUUCGCCACCCUCUUCCCCAAAUACAGAGAGGCCUACCUGAAGGAGUGCUGGCCACUUGUGGAGAAGGCUUUAGGAGAGGUGCACAUAAAAGCCUCUCUGGACCUGAUAGAGGGCAGCCUGUCAGUUUGCACCACUAAGAAAACGUUUGACCCGUACGCCAUCGUAAGAGCCAGAGAUCUCAUCAAGCUACUGGCCAGGAGUGUCCCGUUUGAACAGGCCGUGCGGAUAUUACAGGAUGACAUGGCGUGUGACAUCAUCAAAAUCGGGACCCUGGUUAGGAACAGAGAGCGGUUUGUGAAGCGAAGACAGCGGCUGAUUGGUCCCAAGGGCUCCACCCUAAAAGCAUUAGAGUUGUUAACCAAUUGCUAUGUGAUGGUGCAGGGCAACACGGUGUCGGCCCUGGGGCCCUUCAACGGCCUGAAGGAGGUACGCAAAGUGGUGAUGGACACGAUGAAGAACAUCCACCCCAUCUACAACAUCAAGACACUAAUGAUCAAACGGGAGCUGUCCAAAGACCCCGACCUGCGGAUGCAGAGCUGGGAACGCUUUCUGCCCAAGUUCCGCCACAAGAACCUGCCCAAGCGCAAGGAGCCGAAGAAGAAGAGCGUGAAGAAGGAGUACACACCGUUCCCUCCAACGCAGCCGGAGAGCAAGGUUGACAAAGAGCUGGCCACAGGAGAAUUCUUCCUGCGUGCAAGUGUGAAAAAGAGGAAAAAGAUGGAGGAGAUUAAGGUCAAACAAGCAGAGGCACUGACCAAGAAGCAGGAAGAGCGGAACAAAGCUUUCAUUCCUCCUAAAGAGAAGCCCUUAAUGAAGAAGACCACUAAAGCUCCUGUGGACGGCAAGCUGGACAUCAAAGCCAUCAAGGACAAAGUGGAAAAAGCUAAAACCAAGAAACUGGGGGCUCCGCCAGUGAACCCUGCUCCUCCUACCAGGACCAGCACAGACAAGAAGAAAAAGAACAAAACUAAAAGCAAAAGUUAACCACAGACUAAGCCCAC